AUGAACGCGCUUGAAGGUGCGGUCGCGGGACGCGUCGUUACUCGGUUUCCGCCGGAACCGUCCGGUUACUUGCACAUUGGGCAUUCCAAGGCGGCCCUCUUGAAUGAUUACUAUGCGCGCCGGUACAAAGGACGAGUCCUUUUACGUUUUGAUGACACUAAUCCGUCCAAGGAAAAGGCCGAAUUCGAAGAAUCCAUUUUAGUGGAUUUAGGGAAACUUGAAAUAACACCAGACUCCGUGUCAUACACGUCAGACUACUUCAAGCCCAUUACCGAAUAUGCGAAAAUAUUAAUCGGUGAAGGCCUCGCGUAUAUGGACAAUACCCCACAAGAAGAAAUGAAGACUGAGCGUGCUGAGCGCCAGGAAUCGAAACAUCGCAAUCAAACUCCUGAAGAAGCGCUAAAAUAUUUUCAGGAAAUGAGCAGUGGAAGCAAGGAGGGCGGUGCUUGGUGCUUGAGAGCCAAAAUUGAUAUGCAGAGUGACAAUGGUACAAUGCGCGAUCCUGUUCUUUUUCGUCAAAACACAACCCCACAUCAUCGUUCCGGAACUGCUUACAAAGCCUAUCCUACAUAUGAUUUGGCGUGUCCUAUUGUUGACUCCAUUGAAGGUGUUACUCAUACACUCCGAACCACUGAGUACAAUGACCGUGACGAGCAAUAUCAGUGGAUUGUCAAGGCCCUAAAGAUGCGACGACCACGCAUCCAUGCCUUUUCCCGUGUCAACUUUGUCAAUACCGUGCUAAGCAAGCGCAAGCUCACUUGGUUUGUGGAGAACGGCCAUGUCACUGGCUGGGACGAUGCGCGCUUUCCAACUGUGCGAGGAAUCGUUCGUCGAGGGCUCAGUAUUACAGCGCUUCGUAGCUUCAUGCUUUCUCAGGGUGCCUCACGCAGGGUCGUCAACAUGGACUGGGCGAAUUUCUGGGCAGAGAACAAAAAGGAAAUUGACAAGACAGCUCAACGUUUUAUGGCAAUUGAUAAAGCUCAGCAUACCCGUUUGGUUGUUACAAACGGUCCCAAAGAAGCAGAUUUUGCGUUCAGCGAGACUAGCUGCCAUCCCAAAGAUCCUUCGCUUGGAAGUCGGGCCAUGCGUUUGUGCGAUGAAGUGUUGCUGGAAUCAGUAGAUGUCAAGGAUAUUCAGCUUGGCGAAGAUAUAGUUUUGCUUCGUUGGGGCGUGGUGAAAAUCAGUAAAAUUGGAGGCGACCUUGAAGGCAAAUUUAUUCCCAACGGUGACUUUAAGGCGGCAAAGAAGAAGUUGAGUUGGAUUGCGAACGUUUCUACCAGUACGCCGGUUGUUCUAUACGAGUUUGACAAUCUGGUAUCCAAGGAAAAGCUAGAAGAAGAUGAUAAUUUCGAGGACUACAUCAAUCCAAACACGUUGGCCAUGACAGAUGUCAUUGGAGAUGCAGGCUUGAAAACGCUUCAGGAACAUGAUGUCAUCCAGCUUGAACGCCGUGGAUAUUAUCGUGUGGACCGCCCAUAUAUGGGCCCCGAAAAGCCGCUUGUUCUGUAUACAAUCCCCGACGGAAAGAAAAAGGCCAUGUCGGGCUUGUCAGGAAAACUGGACCAUCGUUAG